UAUAUUGAUCUCCCACGUGUCAAGUUUCCAUCCCGUAAUAAUAUCUUCUUCUUCUUCUACGAUCUCUCUCUCUCUCUCUCUGUAGAUACAAAGCUCCUUUAACUUAUCAAACCCUAUAUAUAAAUCUUCACCUUCGCUCCUUCUUCAGUGGUGUUUCAUCUAUGAACUCCAUCAUAAUUUGACGACGAUGAGCUGAAAAUUUCACCUAUUUUUCCGGAUUUCAGCUUCCAGUCAAAGCUCGGUCGUUCCUGUCUUCGAAAUCGACGGAUCCUUUGAAGUGUUUCUUAAAGUUUCAUCACUUGGAGAAAAAUGUUAUGCUUCACUUUCCGACGAAGAAAGAACUUGCCUUGAUUUCCCAAAAUCUCUUUAAAUACUGUUAAUGAGGAGUGUUGGGGUGAACAAACAUGUUCCAGCACCUAAAGGGUUGGCAGAACUUAACCACCAUAACCGGGUCGACUUGAAGGAAGUGAGAAAUGGAGCCCCGUUUGAUGGGCAAGGAAUGUAUGUAGAAGAUGAGUCCAGAGUUAAUGAGGAUUUGAAUAGUAUUAGGCCCAUAGAGUUGGGCCAGCCCGAUGGUGCUUUGGAUGGACAACAUCAACAGCCUCAAGGCCCCGUGGUUCAGUGGGAGAGCUUUCUGCCUCUUAGGUCUCUCAAGGUUCUUUUAGUUGAAAAUGAUGAUUCAACUCGUCAUGUUGUUAGUGCUCUGCUCCGCAAUUGCAGCUAUGAAGUUACAGCUGUAGCGAAUGGUCUAGAAGCAUGGAAACUGUUGAUUGAUCUUAACAAGCAAGUUGAUCUUGUUUUAACCGAGGUAGUGAUGCCAUAUUUAUCGGGUAUUGGUCUCUUAUCCAAGAUAAUGAACCAUGUUACUCGCAAGAACAUCCCAGUGAUAAUUUUACGUGCAGUGAUGUCAUCCGAUGACUCAAUGGGUAUAGUCUUUAAUUGUUUAUCCAGAGGUGCAGUUGACUUUUUAGUCAAACCUAUUCGCAAGAAUGAGCUAGGAAAUAUCUGGCAGCAUGUGUGGAGGAAAUGUCACAGUCAGUCUAGCGGUAGUGGGAGUGAGAGUGGUAUACAGGAUCAAAAAUCUAUAAAAUCGAGAAGCAUUGAAGAGUCUGAUGAUGACAGCGGCAACAGUGAUGAUGAUGAUGAAGUAAGCAAAGAGUUGAAUGCUAAGGGUGGGAGCGACAAUGGAAGUGGAACUCAGAGUUCAUGGCCAAAGAGGGUUGUAGAAGUUGAUAGCUCCCAAGCAAAUGUUUUGUCUCGUGAUAUCACUUCUGCUCAAGUUGCAAGGCCUGAAACAUCUGAACUCGAAAUUAUUGAAAUGGGAAAAGACUUGAAGAUUGGAGUCCCUAAAAGUUCAAGUUUUGAGGUCGAAGACACAAACAAAAAGAUGGACAAGUUUAGCGAGUCAGACAUGAAGAAAGUUGGUUGUGAAAAUGGUAUGCCGGGGACCGAAACCAAGACAAGUAAUGCUCACAAGGAAACUCCAAAAUCAAAUCACUUGCUGAAAAGCAUUAAUAUCGAAGAUAAAUCUAUAUAUUAUUCUAAGGAAUCACCUGCUCUUGAGCUCAGUUUGAAGAGGACAAGAGACGCCGAAGAUGAUGAUGAUGAUGCCACUGCCCAAGGACGAAACGUCUUACGCCAUUCCAAUCAUUCAGACUUCUCGAGAUAUAAAACGGUAUCAAAGGUUAAUCAAGCUCCAACUGGGAAUGUUGACAGUUGCUCACCACCUAAUAUAAGCUCGGAAGCAGCGAAACCAAAUAACAUCCAAUCUAAUUCAAAUGGAACCCCUAAUAACCGUUCCAACGGCAGCGACGACAUGGGCUCCACCAUCAACAAUGCUUACACAACAACCAAACCAGACGACAAACAACUUCCCAACAGUUCCACCACUGUUGUUGUUCAUACUUCCCCCCUGCAACCACUCCUCCCUCGUGCCAUUGACGGUGAACCAGUCAAGACCACCGUGGGGCAACCUAAGGCUGUCCAUCAGAAAGUUCGAGUCCGCCACCUUCACCACUACUACCACCACCAUCACCACCAUGUCCAUCCGCAACAGAAGAUACUGGACACUGAUGAUGAAUCUUUAAGAAACAUGGUGUCUAACAUCUUGACGGCUUCGGCUCCGCUUCUUGAAGGUGGCAAGAUUGAAAACGAUAAUGCUGUUGCUAAAAAUUUUAAUGGUGGAGAUGGUAGCGGAAGUGGGAGUGGGAGCGGUGUGGAUCAAGAACGCUUAGCUCGGCGAGCGGCUGCCCUUGACAAAUUCCGCCAGAAGAAAAAACAACGAUGCUUUGAGAAAAAGGUGCGGUACCAGAGCAAGAAGAAGCUAGCAGAACAGAGACCACGUAUUCGUGGGCAAUUUGUUAGAUUCGCGGUUAACAACGAGGAUGCAGAUUCGUAACAGUUGAAGGAUGCAGAUUCGUAACAGUUGACUUUUACUUUGACUUUGUUUCUGGACAUUAAAUAAGUAAAUGAAGAAUAUGAAGGGUACAUUUCAAGAUACACAGGACCGCGAUGAAUGAUUUUAGAAAGAUGAAAUUUGACAGAAGCUAGAAUUUAUAGAUAGUCCCGAGUUUCUAGCAGUAUGAUUUUUAUUUUUUUUCCUCCCAAGACUUCUCAAAAUAAUGUUUUGGCGGUUCUUGUUCGUAUGCAGUUUGUUGCUUUGAUGUUCUUGAACCUUUGUCCAAGUUUAUCUUCUUAUAUGCACAAGUUGUUUUGAUCAUCUCA